AUGGCAACCCCACAUAGUUCGCGUGUCACCCAGACGACACAAAAUGAUUUGGAUAAGGUCACUGUGGAGGAUAUUACUCAUGAAGAGGGUAACGAGAAUCUGGUAGAAAAUCUGGAAGAGACGGAGCAUGUCACUCCUGGCUUUGUGGCCAUGCACAGGGAAAAGAUAACCAAGUAUCUUGACGAGUUGAAGAGACAGGAAAAGCUAGACAGCCUCAGGGCCAGACUCUCUUUUGACACACCCUCUAAUCAGGAAGGAGCGAACCCCCAGAAUAAGAGCAACAAUGGGAACCAGCUGGAAACGUUCAUGACCGCCCUGAGGCAGAUGUCUUCUGAAGAGAGAGAGGACUUGAUCACAGGUCAGAAACACAAGGAAAAGGAGAAAGACGACUCGGGCAACGUUGGUUUGGACCAACCAUACCUGCCACGAGACUUGGCCGAGGUCUCAAAGUUCACAAGGAGAAUAUCAGAGGCACCCAUGCCCCCCAAGACUAAGCUGCCCCCAGGCUUUGACCGCUACGACGGAACGAGAGAUCUAGAAGAUCAUCUGCAUGCCUUCCGAGGAGCGUGGCAACUGGGAAGGUGGCCCAUGCCAGUAUGGUGCCACAUGUUCGUGCAAACCUUAACGGAAGGAGCUCGGCUGUGGUUUGAUAGCCUCCCUCCGGGGAGCAUAGACAGCUACGAAGAGUUAAGCGAAAAAUUCCUCAGGAACUUUGGGCAGCAAAGGAAGGUGGUCAAGAAUCCCAACGAAAUCCUCCAUAUCAGGCAAAGGGACAAUGAACGGAUAGACCAGUACAUGGAAAGGUUUGUCAAAGAAAGCAUGAACAUCAAGGAUGUCUCGGAAGUCAUGAAAAUUAGUAGUUUCAUAAAUGGACUGAAGCAUGCACAGCUGUGUGAAAAGCUGGGAGAGGAAUUCCCACCUUCUUUCGACAAUCUUAUGGACAGGGUCAGGGCUUUCGUCCGGGGAAAGGAUACGGGCAAGGCCCUCAUACUCCCCCUACAGACCCCGAGGGAGAGGCCCUCCCCUUACUCCGACAGCUUCACCCCCCUCGUCAAGACUCCUAGUGAGAUACUGGCCACGGAGAGGGUGAAGAAUUCUUUCCCAAGGCCACCCCCCAUAAAGCCAGGACCCAAAGCACAGCCGAACGAAUACUGUGAGUUUCAUAAGGGCUUCGGGCACAAAACUGACGACUGCAUGUACCUCAAGAGGGAAAUAGAGGCUGCGGUGAAAACGGGAAGGCUGGCCCAUCUGGUCAAGGAAAUCAAGGAAGGGGGAGGGGAUCGCAAGGGAAGAGAUGCAAGAGAGCCUGGGAGGGCAGAUGUUGAUAUGAUAAGGAGGAGAAAUGAAUUUGAUGUUAUCCGAACUGUUAAGGCCAGGAUCCUAGGCUCUCCGAACUGCAUGAAAACUCCCAUCCUUAUGCCGUACUUAGAAGAAAGCGAAGUACAACGGCUUCCUCUGAAUAUCUCAGCUGUGAUAGCUGGGCACAAAGUGUCUAGAAUACAUGUGGACGGAGGGUCAGGCGUCGAGGUAAUAUAUGAACAUUGCUUCCUCAGAUUCGACAGAGACAUAAGAGAUAGGUUGGAGGAAGACUCUAUCCCAUUGGUGGGAUUCAACAACAGCGUGUCACACCCCCUGGGAAAGAUCAGGCUCCCAUUUACAGUUGGUGUGGGGGAUAGGGUCCGGACGAUCAAUUUAACCUUCAUUGUAGUCAGGGCACCCUCCAAGUACAACGCGAUUUUGGGAAGACCUGGGAUCGGAGACCUACAGGUACAAGCAUCUACUCCCCACGGGGCUUUGGUAUUCCAAACACCAAAAGGCCUUGCAUGGGUUAAGUCAGCCUACGAAGUGGUCUCUUCAGUAUCAAAAGGGGGGGAACCCGGGAAAACCCAAGGGAAGAAGGUGGAAGAAUGGGUCCUCUGUGAUAAGUUCCCGGAGCAGACAGUCAAGGUGGGGAGCCACCUAAGUGACAAGUGCAAGAGUGCCCUGAAGGAGUUGCUCCUCCAUAACCUAGACGUGUUUGCAUUCCAACACGGAGACAUGACGGGAAUUCCCAGAAGCCUGACAGAGCACCGGCUCAACACCUUCACAUGGGCGAAACCAGUGAAGCAAAAGAAGCGGAGCAUGGGACCAAACAAAAGAAGGGCUGCUUGUGAAGAGACCCGCAAAUUACUCAGGGCGGGGAUAGUCAGGGAAGUCAAAUACCCAUCCUGGGUUGCUAACCCAGUCAUGGUUCAGAAAAAAGAUGGGGGAUGGAGGAUGUGCAUCGAUUUCCAAGACCUAAACAAAGCAUGCCCCAAGGACUGCUAUCCCCUCCCGGAGAUAGACACCCAGGUGGACUCCCUAUCCCAGUACCCGCUGAAGUGCUUCCUAGAUGCCUACAAGGGAUACCACCAAAUACAGAUGUCAAUAGAAGAUGAAGAAAAGACUGCUUUCAUCACCGAUGAGGGGACAUUUUGCUAUACCAAGAUGCCCUUUGGUCUCAAAAACGCGGGGGCGACAUACCAAAGGUUUAUGAACACCUUGUUUAGGGAAAAAAGGGGAAGGAAUUUAGAAGUGUAUGUUGACGACAUUGUCAUCAAGAGUCUGACAGAAGCAGCCAUGAUAGACGACAUAGCUGAGACUCUCAACACAAUGCAGGAUGUAAACAUGAAGCUGAACCCCGGGAAGUGCUGUUUCGGGGUAGAGGAAGGAAAAUUCCUGGGGGUGGUGGUAACUAAAGGAGGGAUAAAAGCAAACCCAGAAAAGACCCAGGCUGUAGCCGAAAUGCGCUCUCCCAGGUCCCUGAAGGACAUCCAGCAGUUAAACGGAAGGCUGAUUGCGCUAAAUCUCUUCUUAUCAAAAGUGGCUGACAAAACCCUCCCUUUCAUGAAAGUGUUAAAAGACUGCCUCCAGACCAGCAAGUUCAACUGGACCACCGAGGCCGAAGCCGCCUUUCAAGAAAUGAAAACCUACAUCUGCAAGCUCCCGACGUUAGCCACCCCGGUGCCCGGAGACCCACUGCUCCUUUACCCAUCUGCCUCUAAGACGACCAUAAGCGCGAUCAUGAUGGUGGAACGGGAGGGGAAACAGAUCCCUAUAUAUUUCAUCAGCAGAACACUUAAGGGGCCCGAGGAACGGUACAUGCCUCUAGAGAAACUUGCGUUGGCCAUGGUUUUUGCAUCUCGGAGACUCAGAAGGUACUUCCAAGGGCAUAAGGUCACCUUAGUAACUGAUCAACCCCUCCAGAAAGUGCUUAGAAAACCGGAACAGUCAGGACGACUGGCUAAAUGGGCCGUAGAAUUGGGAGAACAUUCUCUGGAGUUCAAGCCCAGGACGGCCAUGAAGGGACAAAUACUGGCUGACUUCCUAGCAGAAGUCCCCGAGGACGAAGAGAGGGAACUACUAAGGUGGGAAGCUUUGGAGGAAGAAGAAAAGAAAAGGGAAGACGAGGCUGUGUGGAAGUUGUUCACUGAUGGAGCAUCUAGUGAAGAGGGGAAUGGUGCAGGCAUCACACUGGUAAGCCCCGAGGGGGUUGAGCUGACGUAUGCUAUAAGGUUGGAUUUCGAAAACACCAACAAUUCCGCCGAGUAUGAAGCCCUCUUAGCAGGGAUGAGGCUGGCACAGAAGAUGAAAGCAAAACACGUGGAGGGUAGUACCGAUUCACAGUUGGUAGUAAAGCAGUACCAGGGGGAAUAUGAAGCCAAGGAUAGCAUCAUGGCUCGAUAUGUGGCGAAAGUUAAGGAGACAGCUAAGGCAUUCGGAACCUUCAAACUAGAGUACAUCCCUCGAGGGAGGAACAGGAAGUCUGAUGCACUCAGCAAGUUAGCUUCAGUAGCAUUCGACCACCUCGCGAAGGAGGUCAAAGUGGAGGUCCUGACAUCCCCCUCCCUUGACACAACGGAAGUGGCCAUGAUCGAAGGUUCCCAAGAAACAUGGAUGACCCCAAUCAUUAAAUUCCUCCGAGACGGGACUUUACCCGAGGGGGAAUGGGCGGCCAGAAAGAUAAGAGUCAAAGCUCUACAAUAUGAACUGAUUGGGGGGGAGCUGUACCGAAGGUCGUACCUGGGUUCGUCCCUGAAGUGCAUAGAUAUGGAAGAGGCUGAAUAUGUGGUCAGGGAGAUGCACGAGGGGAUCUGUGGAAUGCACUCAGGACCAAGAACGGUUGUAAGAAGGGCAAUGAACGCAGGGUUCUACUGGCCGCGAAUGUACGAGACGGCAUCUGAAGAAAUCAAGAAGUGUGAUAACUGCCAAGCCAUUGACAUAAUUGGGCCUUUUCCAGAAGGCCCAGGAGGGGUCAAAUACGUGGUGGUGGCCAUUGAUUAUUUCACUAAGUGGAUCGAAGCGAAACCCCUGGCAAAGAUCACUGGAGAUCAGAUGAGACGGUUCGUGCUGGAUAACAUCGUGUGCAGAUAUGGGGUUCCGAAGGAACUGGUGAGUGACAACGGGGUUCAAUUCGCCGGAAGACCCUUCAAGCCAUGGUGCGAGCAGAUGAGGAUUCAACAAGUGUUCACCUCUGUUACCCAUGCCCAGAGUAACGGGUUGGUAGAAAGAGCCAACCAAAGCAUAAUCAAAGGAAUGAAGGGCAGGCUUGGGAGGAAACAGAAGGGCUGGCUGGAAGAACUUCCAUUUGUGUUAUGGGCAUACCGAACCACCCCCAAAAGUUGCAAUGGGGAGACCCCAUUCAGCCUUACCUACGGGACGGAGGCCAUGAUCCCUGCAGAGAUCGGAUCCCAAACCGCCCGGAUGAAGCUGAGGGAUGAGGAGAACGAGCAGGAUCUAAGGACAAACUUGAACUUAUUGGAAGAAAGAAGAGAGAUAGCAGCGGUGAAGGAAGCUCACUACAAAAAACUCCUGGCAAGUUACUACAACACCCGGAUGAAGAAGCUCAACCUCGUCCCAGGGGACCUGGUUCUUAGAGCCAAUGAGGCCAGUCUGCAGGAAAACACCGGAAAAUUGGGCCCCAACUGGGAGGGCCCAUACAGAGUCACAUGGGCAAACGGGAAGGGAACAUGCAAGUUGGAGACAUUAGAAGGAAAAGAGGUCCCCAGGACCUGGAACCUCAUGCAGCUCAGGAAGUAUUACAUGUAA